CUUUAUAAAAACUUGGAUUUUCAGCCAAAUAUUAAAAAUUCACUAUUCACUCAAACAUCACAACAAGUUUGAAACUUCAGACUAUGCUAAUUGUAUCUGCUAAACAUAAUUAUAAGAUCGAAAAAAUCGAAAAAGCAUAUAUUUGUUGAUGGAUUUUGUAAAAUUUCUUUCGAGAUCUUCUACAAACAAGAUACAGAAGAGCCUCAAUACUCCACAUUCUGAAGUUUUGAACUUAUUGUGAGUUUUUUAAUGUUAGAUAAGAACAGUCUGAAAACUCAAAUUUUUAUAAAGCUCGCUCUUCGCUAGAUUUUUAAAACUUUUUCUAAAAACAAAUAUUGCCAUGAGACUCAGCAUGAUCGAUUACCUAUAAUCCAUCAGUGUACAAGGCUAUCAAUAGUCACUGGGGGUCAGUCCUGGGGUUCGUAGAAAAUCCGAUAGAACGCCCGAACCGCUUAAAAUCAAGGUCUCGCUUGACUCCCGCUUUGAAGAAGAUACCACGGGCUAUCAGUCCAUGAAAAAGAAUCAAUAUAUUCCUAUGUGAAUUUCGGAAAAUCCAAACUAGUUUUCGAAAAAUCCUCUGGAAAACUGACUUUGAAAAUUUCGCCAAGAUCCACUUCUUCUUACGAAAACAUGUGACCAGGUGUCUAGUGUCCAAAACUGAAAACCACAGAUCGCUAUCUUCUUUCUAUCAAAAGUUAUUCAAGAAAUAGCCAGGGGCACGGUAUUUUGGCGACGAUAGUAGACAUCUACAAUUUGAUAGAACCAUUCAAAAUAUCCUUUUAGAAAAUCUUAGAAAUUCAAAACUGUCCGAUUCAUUUAUGACUGAAUAAAAUCAGUGAUGUUUCUAUUUUAUCACUCAACUUCAAUAAACUAUGUUUGAAAAUUAAUCAUUCGUUUUCUUCUUUAAAAAAAAAUUAGCUGAAUGUAUAACCACUACUGAAAAUUUACAAAAUGUUAGUGCAGAGGAGAUAGAUAAAUUACAACGUGUACCAAUUGUUUUACGUACAAUAUUAAAACUAAAUCAUAGUAUACAUAAUCGUCAUGAUAUACGUGAUCAAGAUAAAUAUCAACAAUCAAAAGUAACGUUAUUAAGUGAUAUUCAUCGUGUUCGACGUUAUUUCUAUUAUAUAUUGAAAAAUAUACAUUUACAGCCUUACCUAAGUCCAGACAUUAUCGAUUUAGCUAUAAAAGAAGUUGAAUUAUUUUAUAAAGAUGAUGGCAAUGUUUUAUCAACAAUAAAAAAUUAUUUAAAUACAUUUUGUUAUAAAGAAUCAUUAGAAAAUAAAUUAAUAGAAGAGAGAAAAAAGCAACAAUGGCAUGACGAGUUAGAAACGUAUUUGCAAGCUCAAGAAUUGCAACGAAGUGAUUUAAAAACGUAUGAAGACGAACGUAAUACUGUAGAAUCGGAUGUUAAGAUACAUGAUAACCAUUACAAAGAGUUAUUAAGACGUGAAAAGGAUACAAAACAAGAUUGUGAUAAUCGACGACAACUAGCACAUCAACAGAUAAAUAACUCAAAUUUAUUAUUAAACACAACGGAUCCUUCAUGUUUAACAUUAGACGAUAUUGACGCAGUCGAACUGAAAAUGAAAACUGAAAAAGCAGAACUGGAAAUGGAAAUAUUAAAAUUAAAAACUAGAUUAACGGAACUAAAUAAUCUAAUAAGAAUAACAAACAAUACGAUUGAUUUAAUUAGCACAAAAAUUAAUAAUUUACAAGAAUAUGUCAACUUAGAUUUUACCAGCAUAACAAAACAUAUGAAAAUCAAAUAUGGUCGAGGUUUAUUACUAUACGGACCACCGGGAACAGGUAAAGGAGAAUAUUAA